GCUUAUCUUUCAGUGCGUCUUGUGUUUUGUCAAGCGAGCUGCUUUGAAGUCACUAUGCCUGAUCCAGCCAAGUCCGCUCCCGCGCCCAAGAAGGGUUCCAAGAAAGCGGUGACCAAGACCCAGAAAAAGGGGGAUAAGAAGCGCCGUAAGACCAGGAAGGAGAGUUACUCCAUUUAUGUCUACAAGGUGCUGAAGCAGGUUCACCCCGACACCGGCAUCUCUUCCAAGGCCAUGGGCAUCAUGAACUCCUUCGUCAACGACAUCUUCGAGCGCAUCGCCGGGGAGGCGUCUCGCCUGGCGCAUUACAACAAGCGCUCCACCAUCACCUCCCGGGAGAUCCAGACCGCCGUGCGCCUGCUGCUGCCCGGGGAGCUGGCCAAACACGCCGUGUCGGAGGGCACUAAGGCUGUGACCAAGUACACCAGCUCCAAGUAACUGGGGAGCCUCUAAAAAAACACAACGGCUCUUUUAAGAGCCACCUACUUAUCCAUGAGAGAGCUCUGGUUACUUUAACUGACCGUGUUUAACCUCUAACUUCCAAAUGUACUGAGAGAGUCUGUAAUUUUUCUUGCAGUUUAUCCCCACUGUUAAAUUUCACUAAUUUAUGACAUCCUGGCAAAUUACAACUCUAGUUGAUAUCAGGGGAUAAGAGAUGGGAUUUACGUGCAC